AUGCCGAUCAUACAGUCAUGUUGCUGCUGGCGCAGUUUGCGCAAAGGGUGCUACGCAGCUGCACUCUACACGAUGGUAUACUUCUCGGUCACGGUGGUGACCAUGGGCCACUUCAUUGACGUAGAACAACGCUACCUUAACGGCGAAAUGAAUGAUCCGGAAUCUGAAAGCUUUUUAGAACCAGAAAAAAUUACGCCAAUUACCGUAUCGCUGAACAUCACACUACUGGCAUGCAGUCUACUGGGGCUUAUAUCUUGUGUACUGCUCAUCCUUGGCGUUUAUAAGGACAUCAAAUUCAUGCUGCUCCCGUGGGUGGUGGCAAUGGGACUAGAAACAUUAGUGGAAAUUGUCAAUCUCGUCUACCUGUUUUACUUACAGACGCUCAACUUCAAUCCAAUCACGUCGUUUCUCUUCACGCUGGAUUUCUUCAUUAUAAUGUUAAACAUAUAUGCCAUGGUGUGCGUAAUAUCGCAGUUUCAAGAAUAUCUCGCUGGGCGCGGAACGGCCGCCUUCGAUUCAGACAGGAUGGUGGCUGUCCAAUACACGGCAACGGCCCAGCACACGACGACCACUAGCUCGGCGCCCAGUGGUCGCCGACGAUCCGCUGGCAAGCCCACACCAAGCCGCUUCGACCCUGAAGAGUUCUCAGAAGCCCCCACAAAAGUAAUCACAUCGGUGUUAUCGAAGACAGGUCGUGUUGGUGGAAAAAAACACGUACAAUUCCCCGACGAGCAAAGCUGCAUCGAGGAAGCCACUGAGAUCCCUGCCCGCGAAAUGGAUGAUGAAAAAUCGGAGACUCGCGUGAUCAGUUCGUUGUGGAUGGAGCUUGAGUCGGAGGCGCAGACGCCGGAGCGCUGACGCCGGCGAAGCGAGCAGUUCUACCGGCCGGUAUCGCGCGCGCGUCUGGAGCGCCGCAAGAUGUCCGCCGCCGGGGUACCGCCCGCCGAAACCAAGACUAAGGACUCCUACUUGUAAAUUCAGAGACUACAUGACUGAGAUGUACAUAAGUGCGCACGCGCUUCAUCAAUUUAAUUGAAAAGAUGAAUCACAUAAUAAGGAUCAGUAUACUGUACAAGGUACCUUUACUAUUCGUAAUCAGGAAAGUGAUGUUUCGAUCAGUUGUACCGGUUUUUUCUUUCUUGGUUGCGGACUACAUAGGGUUACUGCUGGAAUAGGUAUGAGCAUCUGAGGUCUGUCGCAGACUACUUUUCUUAGCGGAUUGAGAAGUUUGUCUAUAAACAAAUGUAUUGCAGUAGUCUGCUUCAAGUCGCGUACCCGAGGU